AUGGAUUACAGCAUUGAAGAAAUUUGCAUUUUGCUUGCCCUUUUUGUUGGUUUACUAUCCAUGAUGUGGUUUGUCAUUGUGGCUUUGAUGGAGGAACGUGUUCCGAUUAUACAUCCGGGAGAUUAUUUAUUUGAUUAUGUGGUAGUUGGGGCUGGAACAUGUGGAUCCGUAGUAGCUUCGAUAUUGGCUAAGCACAGUAAUGCAACAAUUUUAUUGGUAGAAGCAGGAGACAAAUUUGGCAUUCUCAGUAAAAUUCCACUCCUAACCACAUUUCAACAGAAGGGCAUUAACGACUGGGGAUUCCUUUCCACUUCACAGUUGCACUCCUCGAAAGGUCUUGAAGAUGCGCGUCAAUGUUUACCUCGUGGAAAGGGUCUCGGCGGGUCUUCUCAGCUAAAUUAUAUGCUGCACUUCGAUGGCCACGAAGGCGAUUUCGAACGAUGGUCCCGCGAACUGAAUUUAACAAAUUGGAAUUGGUCUUCGGUAAAACCUUUCCUGAAGGCUGGCGCAGCUAGACCCUUUGAACGCAUGGAUAUAACACCUGAUUACUCAUUGUUGGCCAAAGCGUUCAAUGAAGCCUCCGUCGAGUUUCUUCACAAGCCCUGGCAUUUCCGCACUGCCCAAUAUAACGUAAAAAAUGGAUUAAGGCACAGUGUAUAUCAACGUUUUCUGCAAUCAGCAUAUAAGCAAAAAAAUCUACGGAUAAUGCUCAACACAUACGCCAAGUCUAUCGAAUUUGCAUUGGAUGAAAAUCCAAAUAAAAAUGUGUACGCUAAGUCACUGUGGCUCUCAACAAAGGACGAGAAGUCUGGCAAGGAAUAUAGUUUUGAAGUUAGGAUUGGCCGUGAAUUGGUUGUAAGUGCUGGGGCCUAUCAAACACCCCAACUGUUAAUGGUUUCAGGUUUGGGCAAGCGUAACGAAUUAAAACAGAUUAUCGGAAAUGUAUCAGCCUUCUUACCGGAUGUACCAAUGGUUGGCCAGCAUUUGCAUGAUCAUAUCAACUUACCCUUGUAUAUAUCAAUAGAUGCGGUUGGGCCAACAUUAAAUCAGCGAUCAUUACUGAAUCCAAUGUCUAUAUUGAACUAUUUGACUACUGGCGGUGGGCAUAUGGGAAAUUUCGGGGUCUUAGGUCAUAUCGGUCAUUUCGGUCGUAAUCUUAGCGAUACUUACGGUCUUACAUUCUUUGGUGCUGGUUCUAUUGAUGAGUCCGUCCUAAUGUCCAUAUCGAACUUUAAAAAGUCACACUUUAGAGCUCUCUUUCCACGCUACUACAAUUCGUCACAGGAAGGUUUUGUAAUGAUAUCGACGUGUUUGCAGCCUCUAUCUAGGGGAAAUGUCAAAAUACAAAGUUCGAAUAUUAAGAAACACCCACUAAUCGAUCCAAAGUAUAUGGCUGAGAAGGCAGAUGUUGAAUGUACAUUGAAGGCUAUUCGAGCAGGUAUUGAGGUGGUAACGUCUGAAGCAUUCUCCUCGCUGGGCGUGCAAAUUCAUUGGCCUCGUAUAAAGGAAUGUAUUGGUUCAGUUGAACAUAAUAUAAGGAAUAAUAAUCCAAGUAAUGAGUACUUAGAGUGUCUUAUCAGAUAUGUGGGAUUGGGAUCGCACCAUCCGGGAGGCACCUGUAAAAUGGGAACUAAUGUAGAAAACAGUGUAGUAAAUGAGGAAUUUAAAAUUCAUGGCAUAGACAAAAUUCGUAUAAUUGACGCCAGUGUAUUACCAACCCCUUUGUCUGGAAAUCCUAAUUCCAUAUUAGUUGGUAUGGCGAUGAGAGGAGCGGCAAUGAUAUUAAAAGAUCACAUAUACAAUGACGAUUGA